GUGUAUAUGGUAAUGCAUGUCUUGUUGUCUUGUUUAUGUAUCUUCUACCACAUCCUUUUUCAUUAUUAUUAUGAUGAUAAGCUUGCCAAAUGGUGUUCUGAGGCUUCAACCAAAAGGAGGACAUGGGCAUCAUAAUGGUUCUUUGCUCAAUGAUUCCUGCUUGAAAUCAUUCCGCAUAUUCCUUGAGCUAACUUCAUCAGUGAAGAGUGUGAUGGGGCAUCUGGAUGGCGGUCGUGAGUUUCCUCGGUUGUGCAUAGGCAUUGGAAAUCCACCUGGUGCUAUGGACAUGAAAGCUUAUCUUCUGCAGAAGUUCAGUCCUGCGGAGCGAAAUCAGAGGAGAAUAUUGAAUACGGGGUAUUCCUAUUAUUUGAGAGAUGAAAGUGAAGAGUUUAAUGGUUGGUAUUUUUGAGAGAUUGAUGAAUCAUUGGAACAAGGAGUUAAGGCAGUGAGGACAGAAGUACAAGCAUCACCAAAGUUUGACCAUUACGUGCCAUGGAUGAUGUUGUCAGUAUGUAAUGCAUGUAUAAACCAUUUUUAAUCAACCCUUCCUUAUCUUUUCCUUUCCUUUUUCCUCUAUUUGAUAAAAUUUUACCCUUUUA